GGUCGCGCCGAGCCGGGAACGGGCGCUGAGGGCGAGGCGGUCGGAGGCACUCUUUUUUUUCUUUUUCCCUUUUUGCGUUGAGUGUCGGGUGCGCGGGCUGAGGAUCAGGGCCGGGUGCGGGGCCGCGAAGACGACGGACUCUUUUCUGCGGCGGAGGGAUUCGCGGCGGAGGCGGCUACGGCUGUAGCCGCUGCCUGAGAGUUGUUGUUUCUCCUCCUCCUCCUCCUCCGCCUCCGCCGCCGUUGCUUGAAUGGUGGAGCCGAGGUUCGGCUCGUGAACACACACUGACAGCUAUAGGGCAGGCGGCGGCAUCAUCCCCGCUUCCCCUGGGCGGCGGGGUGUCCCGCCGUCGGCCCCGAAGUGACCCAUAAACAUGUCUUGCGAGAGGAAAGGCCUCUCGGAGCUGCGAUCGGAGCUCUACUUCCUCAUCGCUCGGUUCCUGGAAGAUGGACCCUGUCAGCAAGCGGCGCAGGUGCUGAUCCGCGAGGUGGCCGAGAAGGAGCUGCUGCCUCGGCGCACGGACUGGACCGGGAAGGAGCAUCCCAGGACCUACCAGAAUCUGGUGAAGUAUUACAGACACCUAGCACCUGAUCACUUGUUGCAAAUAUGUCAUCGACUAGGACCUCUUCUUGAACAAGAAAUUCCUCAAAGUGUUCCUGGAGUACAAACUUUAUUAGGAGCUGGAAGACAGUCUUUGCUACGCACAAAUAAAAGCUGCAAGCAUGUUGUGUGGAAAGGGUCUGCUCUGGCUGCAUUGCAUUGUGGAAGACCACCAGAGUCACCAAUUAACUAUGGUAGUCCACCCAGCAUUGCCGAUACUCUGUUUUCAAGGAAGCUGAAUGGGAAAUACAGACUUGAACGACUUGUUCCAACUGCAGUAUAUCAGCAUAUGAAGAUGCAUAAGCGAAUUCUUGGACACUUGUCAUCUGUGUACUGUGUGACUUUUGAUCGAACUGGCAGACGGAUAUUUACUGGUUCUGAUGACUGUCUUGUGAAAAUCUGGGCAACAGAUGAUGGGAGAUUAUUAGCUACUUUAAGAGGACAUGCUGCUGAGAUAUCAGACAUGGCUGUGAACUAUGAGAAUACCAUGAUAGCAGCUGGAAGUUGUGAUAAAAUGAUCCGUGUCUGGUGUCUUCGAACUUGUGCACCUUUAGCUGUUCUUCAGGGGCACAGUGCAUCUAUUACAUCACUACAGUUCUCACCAUUGUGUAGUGGCUCAAAGAGAUAUCUGUCUUCUACUGGAGCAGAUGGCACUAUUUGUUUUUGGCUGUGGGAUUCUGGAACCCUUAAAAUAAAUCCAAGACCUACAAAGUUUACAGAGCGCCCUCGGCCUGGAGUUCAAAUGAUCUGUUCUUCUUUUAGUGCUGGUGGAAUGUUUCUGGCCACAGGAAGCACAGACCAUAUUAUUAGAGUUUACUUUUUUGGAUCUGGUCAGCCAGAGAAAAUAUCAGAAUUGGAGUUUCAUACUGACAAAGUUGACAGUAUCCAGUUUUCCAACACUAGUAACAGGUUUGUAAGUGGUAGUCGUGAUGGAACAGCACGUAUUUGGCAAUUUAAACGAAGAGAAUGGAAGAGCAUUUUGUUGGAUAUGGCUACUCGUCCAGCAGGCCAAAAUCUUCAAGGAAUAGAAGAUAAAAUCACAAAAAUGAAAGUAACUAUGGUAGCUUGGGAUCGACAUGACAACACAGUUAUAACUGCAGUUAAUAACAUGACUCUGAAAGUUUGGAAUUCUUACACUGGUCAACUUAUUCAUGUCCUGAUGGGUCAUGAAGACGAAGUAUUUGUUCUUGAGCCACAUCCAUUCGAUCCUAGAGUUCUCUUUUCUGCUGGUCACGAUGGAAAUGUGAUAGUGUGGGACCUAGCAAGAGGAGUCAAAAUUCGAUCUUAUUUUAACAUGAUUGAAGGCCAAGGACAUGGUGCAGUAUUUGACUGCAAAUGCUCUCCUGAUGGUCAGCACUUUGCCUGUACGGACUCUCAUGGACAUCUUUUAAUAUUUGGUUUUGGAUCCAGUAGCAAAUAUGAUAAGAUAGCAGAUCAGAUGUUCUUUCAUAGUGAUUAUCGACCCCUUAUCCGUGAUGCCAACAAUUUUGUGUUAGAUGAACAGACUCAGCAGGCACCUCAUCUCAUGCCUCCCCCCUUCUUGGUUGAUGUUGAUGGUAAUCCUCAUCCAUCAAGAUAUCAGAGAUUAGUUCCUGGUCGUGAAAAUUGCAGGGAAGAACAACUCAUCCCUCAGAUGGGAGUAACUUCCUCAGGAUUGAACCAAGUGUUAAGCCAGCAAGCAAACCAGGAUAUCAGUCCGCUGGAUAGUAUGAUUCAAAGACUACAACAAGAGCAAGACCUGAGACGUUCUGGUGAAGCAGGUAUCAAUAAUACCAGCCGUUUAAGUAGAGGCUCUGUAAGUUCUACCUCAGAGGUUCAUUCACCACCAAAUGUUGGACUGAGGCGUAGUGGACAAAUUGAAGGUGUACGGCAAAUGCACAGCAAUGCCCCAAGGAGUGAAAUAGCCACAGAGCGGGAUCUUGUAGCAUGGAGUCGAAGGGUGGUAGUACCUGAACUAUCAGCUGGUGUAGCCAGUAGGCAAGAAGAAUGGAGAACUGCAAAAGGAGAAGAAGAAAUAAAGAAUUAUAGGUCAGAAGAGAAAAGGAAACACUUAACUGUUGGGAAAGAGAAUAAAAUAAUUGCUGUCUCAAAGAAUCAUGCUUUUGAGCAUUUCCUGGAUCUUGGGGAAUCCAAAAAACAACAAGCAAAUCAACAUAAUUAUCGUACAAGAUCAGCACUAGAAGAAACUCCUAGACCUUUGGACGAGAUAGAAAAUGCCACUAGUUCUUCAGAUGAAGGUGAAGUGGUUGCUGUCAGUGGUGGAACAUCUGAGGAGGAAGAGAGAGCAUGGCACAGUGAUGGCAGUUCUAGUGACUACUCCAGUGAUUACUCUGACUGGACAGCAGAUGCAGGGAUUAAUUUGCAGCCACCAAAAAAAGUUCCUAAGCAUAAAACCAAGAAAGCAGAAAGCAGUUCAGAUGAAGAAGAAGAAUCUGAAAAACAGAAGCAAAAACAUAUUAAAAAGGAAAGGAAAAAAGUAAAUGAAGAAAAAGAUGGACCAAUAUCACCAAAGAAAAAGAAGCCCAAAGAAAGAAAACAAAAGAGAUUGGCUGUGGGAGAACUAACUGAAAAUGGUUUGACAUUAGAAGAAUGGUUGCCUUCGACAUGGAUUACAGAUACUAUUCCUCGAAGAUGUCCUUUUGUGCCACAGAUGGGUGAUGAGGUUUAUUAUUUCCGACAAGGACACGAAGCAUAUGUUGAAAUGGCCCGGAAAAAUAAAAUUUAUAGUAUCAAUCCCAAAAAACAGCCAUGGCAUAAAAUGGAACUACGGGAACAAGAACUGAUGAAAAUAGUUGGCAUCAAGUAUGAAGUGGGAUUACCUACCCUUUGCUGCCUUAAACUUGCUUUUCUAGACCCUGAUACUGGUAAACUGACUGGUGGAUCAUUUACCAUGAAAUACCAUGAUAUGCCUGAUGUUAUAGAUUUCCUAGUCCUGAGACAACAAUUUGAUGACGCAAAAUAUAGGCGGUGGAAUAUAGGUGACCGUUUCAGAUCAGUUAUAGAUGAUGCCUGGUGGUUUGGAACAAUUGAAAGCCAGGAACCUCUUCAACCUGAAUACCCUGAUAGUUUGUUUCAGUGCUAUAAUGUUUGCUGGGAUAAUGGAGAUACAGAAAAAAUGAGUCCUUGGGAUAUGGAGCUUAUUCCUAAUAAUGCUGUAUUUCCUGAAGAACUGGGUACCAGUGUUCCUUUAACUGAUGUCGAGUGCAGAUCAUUAAUCUAUAAACCUCUUGAUGGAGAAUGGGGUACCAAUCCCAGAGAUGAAGAAUGUGAAAGAAUCGUUACAGGAAUAAACCAGUUGAUGACACUAGAUGUUGCUUCAGCAUUUGUGGCCCCAGUGGAUCUGCAAGCUUACCCCAUGUAUUGUACUGUGGUGGCAUAUCCAACAGAUCUAAGUACAAUUAAACAAAGACUGGAAAACAGGUUUUACAGGCGGGUUUCUUCCUUAAUGUGGGAAGUUCGAUACAUAGAGCAUAACACACGAACUUUUAAUGAACCGGGAAGCCCAAUUGUGAAAUCUGCUAAAUUUGUGACUGAUCUUCUCCUACAUUUUAUAAAGGAUCAGACUUGUUAUAAUGUAAUUCCACUUUAUAAUUCAAUGAAGAAGAAAGUUUUGUCUGAUUCUGAGGAAGAAGAGAAAGAUGCUGAUGUGCCAGGAACUUCUACCCGGAAAAGGAAGGAUCAUCAGCCUAGAAGAAGAUUACGUAACAGAGCUCAGUCUUACGAUAUUCAAGCGUGGAAGAAACAGUGUCAAGAAUUGUUAAAUCUCAUAUUUCAGUGUGAAGAUUCAGAGCCUUUCCGCCAACCAGUGGAUCUCCUUGAAUAUCCAGAUUACAGAGACAUCAUUGACACUCCAAUGGAUUUUGCUACAGUUAGAGAAACUUUAGAGGCUGGGAACUAUGAGUCUCCAAUGGAGUUAUGUAAAGAUGUCAGACUUAUUUUUAGUAAUUCUAAAGCAUAUACACCAAGCAAAAGAUCAAGGAUUUACAGCAUGAGUUUGCGCCUGUCUGCUUUCUUUGAAGAACACAUUAGUUCAGUUUUAUCAGAUUAUAAGUCUGCUCUUCGUUUUCAUAAAAGAAAUACCAUAACCAGAAGGAGGAAGAAAAGAAAUAGAAGCAGCUCUAUUUCCAGUAGUGCUGCAUCAAGCCCUGAAAGGAAAAAAAGAACCAUAAAACCCCAGCUGAAGUCAGAAAUCUCUACCUCUCCAUUAUCUACACCUACAAGAUCAGUACCACCAAGAAAUAAUGCUGCUCAGAUAAAUGGUAAAACAGAAUCCAGUUCUGUGGUUCGAACCAGAAGCAACCGAGUGAUUGUAGAUCCAGUUACCACUGAGCAACCAUCUACUUCGUCAGCCACAAAGACUUUUAUUUCAAAAGCCAAUACAUCUGCAGUGCCAGCAAAAACAAUACUAGAGAAUUCCGUGAAACAUUCCAAAGCCUUGAAUACUCUUUCAAGUCCUGGUCAGUCCACUUUUAGUCAUGGCACUAGGAAUAAUUCUGCAAAAGAAAACAUGGAAAAGGAAAAGCCAAUCAAGCGUAAAAUGAAGUCACCUGUACUUUCAAAGGCAGCCACUCUUUCAAAGUCAUCAGCUGUCAUUGAUCAAGGAGACUGUAAGAACAAUGCUCUUGUACCAGGAACCAUUCAAGUAAAUGGCCAUGGAGGACAGCCAUCGAAACUUGUGAAGAGGGGACCUGGAAGGAAACCCAAGAUAGAAGUUAAUACCAAUAGUGGUGAAAUUAUACACAAAAAAAGGGGUAGAAAGCCCAAAAAGCUACAGUAUGCAAAGCCAGAAAAUGCUGAACAAAAUAAUAUGCAUCCCAUCAGAGAUGAAGUGGCUCCUUCUUCAACAUGCAAUUUUCUUUCUGAAACUAAUAUUGUUAAGGAGGAUUUGUUACAGAAAAAGAGUCGCGGAGGCAGAAAACCCAAAAGGAAGAUGAAAACACAAAAACUAGAUUCAGAUCUCUUAGUUCCUGCAAAUGUUAAAGUGCUGAGGAGAAGUAACCGAAAAAAGACAGAUGAUCCUAUAGAUGAGGAUGAAGAGUUUGAAGAACUCAAAGGCUCUGAACCCCACAUGAGAACUAGAAAUCAAGGUCGAAGGACAGCUUUCUAUAAUGAGGAUGACUCUGAAGAGGAGCAAAGGCAGCUGUUAUUUGAAGACACCUCUUUGACUUUUGGAACCUCUAGUAGAGGACGAGUCCGAAAGCUGACUGAGAAGGCAAAAGCUAAUUUAAUCGCAAAGCACUCCAUAUGAAAUUUCAUUUUGAGCUAUGUACAGUACCCAGGAAUUGAGUCAGAAGAUUGACUGUAAGUACCACUUUGAGCGCUCCGAAGAUAAACUUUGUACACACUACAAUAAAACAGUGAGUAGAAAAUCUGAGCUAUAAAUAUAUAUAUAUUUUUGUUGUUGUUGUUUUGAGAUACUUUUUAAAUGCAGAUAAAGUUAUCAGGAAAUUAACCUUAUAUGGCACAAACCAAAUACAUAAUAGCGUAUGGCUGAGUUUCUACAUUUCAAGGAGUUAAGAAAAUAGUUUCAAGAUGGUAUAUAGUGUACAUGCAUAUAAGGCAGAUGCACACAUGCUGGUUACUUUUAGGAAUGUGCGUGUUGAUUUAUCACAAUGAUAGACUACAAAAUGAAAUAAAAAUACAAAGUUACAUUUUUGGACCAUAUAAAAACUGCAAGAAGACAGGUCUUAUAAAAGAUCUUUUAGAAAACUUAAAUCCCAUCACAGGAUAUUUAGACAUGUGUAGAAUGUAGCUCAGUUUUUUAAAAGUAACUGACCUAGAGGGUUAAAGUUGAAACUGACACAUUUUCAAAUUAAGAUUAUGCUUAUUUUGUACAGAAAACAAUGUUAAACCAAGCAAAUCUGUUGUAUGUAAUAAGUAACAGAAUUAAAACAAAUAAUUAUUUAGCUUUAUUGAGGUUUUUGUUCUAUUCCUUCAGGACCUGGAGUAUCAUGUUAUAAACAAGUCUCAUACCACGAUAGCAGUGCCCUUUCUUUUUGUACAUAUUGAUUGGACCUUUCUUUACUGUUAACGUGGAUACUUUCUAUGUUAGUUUUGAUGCAUAAUUCUUUGAAUCCUUUUAUACAAACUAGAAUGUAUGUGUAAGAAUUCCUGUCCCUGCAAUGUAGUAACUAUAAACUUAUUUUUAAAUAAAUAGAAAACUUGCUUUUCUAAGGUAUUUUGU